AUGAUGUGGGCUUUAAGGCGCAAAACAAACACAAUUGCUCGUAGACGUACUAAGAUCAUUCCGGCAGAAGAUAUGAACGGGUACACAAACGGGGAAAGAGAGCCUCUCCUACCGCGCUCCAACGGGUACAACAGCCACAGCUACAGCUUCAUUCAUCGAAGUAAAAUCUCUGUACAGGAGAUCAGCAAAAGCUUUUACUUGAAAUCGAAGCUAGUCCUCUUAAGUAAUUAUGUUAACAUAUUACUUGUUUUUGUGCCAUUGGGUGUAUUAUCUGGAUUCUUGGGCUGGAGUCCAACUGCUACGUUUAUACUAAACUUUUUGGCCAUCAUUCCACUUGCGUCCUUGCUUAGUUUUGCUACCGAGGAGUUGGCCUUGGUUGUGGGCGAAACACUUGGGGGUUUAUUAAAUGCUACAUUUGGAAAUGCUGUCGAGUUGAUUGUCAGCGUGGUCGCUUUGACGAAGGGCGAGAUUAGGAUCGUCCAGGCCAGCAUGCUGGGAAGUAUUCUAUCUAACAUUCUUCUGGUUCUUGGAAUGUGUUUCCUAUUUGGUGGAAUGAAGUAUAAGGAACAAACCUUCAACACUACGGUCGCUUCUACAAUGUCCUCCCUCAUGGCCGUCGCCACUGCCUCAUUAAUCAUUCCUGCGGCGUUCUACUCAACCGUGGAUGUCUCAAAAGAAGAGGGAUUUUCUCUUGUCCUUAAUCUCUCCCGAGGUACUUCGGUUGUUUUACUCAUCCUCUAUAUCCUCUAUCUAGUUUUUCAACUACGUACACACUCCGACUUCUUCGACGCGGAACUUUCUGGGGACCAAAAUAACCAAGAUACCGAAGACGAUCCUGUCCUCACAGUUAUCGAGUCUGGCGUUGUUUUGGUUGCUGUCACACUCGCGGUUGCUGUCUGCGCUGAAUACUUGGUUGGCUCGAUUGACAGUGUUGUUGGGAGCUCUGGAAUUAGCAAAACAUUCAUCGGAUUGAUCUUGAUACCAAUCGUUGGAAAUGCAGCUGAGCACGUUACAGCUGUGGUGGUGGCGAUGAAAAACAAGAUGGAUCUUGCAAUUGGAGUUGCGAUAGGAAGUAGCAUGCAGAUUGCACUUCUUGUUACACCAGCCCUCGUUAUUCUCGGAUGGAUUAUUGGGCAGCCAAUGAGCCUUUACUUUCAAACUUUCGAAACAGUGGUUUUCUUCAUGAGCGUUCUUAUUACAAAUUAUCUGAUACAAGAUGGAAAGAGCAAUUAUCUCGAGGGGGCUAUGCUAUUGGGAAUAUACACCAUAAUUGGGAUAAGUUUCUAUGUGUACCCAGAUUCAGCUGGAAAUUCGGGUCCACCCUAUUAA